CGCCUGCUAUUUAAGUGCACUAACGCGAUGUACGCGAUCGUUAGUUCUCUGUUGGUUGUUCCGGAGAGAUCGUGCGCGCACACGAGACGAGACGCACGGAAUAGCAACCAUGCGUUCCCCACGCAACGUCGCCGCCUUCUACGAUCCGACCACCCGAAUUUGGCGUGGCGCCCGAACCUCCCCGGUCUUCAACCCUAACCAAUCGCUGGGCGAACUGGUCCUGAACCGCCUCGCCCAAACCCCAACCACGAUCGCCCAGGUCAGUGCCGACAGCGGUGCCGAGGUAUCCUGCGGCGAGCUCCGCCUGCGCACGAUCCGCGUAGCUCAAGCCUUGACGGGGCUCGGGUACUCGCGGGAUCGUGCGGACAUCAUCGCAAUGGCCGUUCGCAAUGGGGAGCACGUGGCUCCGGCGCUGUUUGCCUGCUUUGCGCUGGGCAUUCCGGUUAAUACGCUGGACGCGACGUUCAAGCGGGACGAUCUGGGGCACAUGCUUGGGACGGUGCGGCCGACGCUGGUGUUCUGCGAUCAGGAGACGAUCGGGGAGAUGAGCGCUGCGAUGGAGAUCGCCGGGAUUCGAGCGAGCGUGGUCGUUUUUGGGAAGCGUUUGGAGGGGUUCAUGUACGUGGAAGAUCUGCUGGUUCCGACUGGGGUCGAGGAGGAGUUUGUUCCCGUUCACUUUGAAGACGCUUCUACCGAACUAGCAAUCAUCCUGUGCUCGUCGGGAACAACCGGAAGAUCCAAAGGCGUGAGCUUGUCACACAGUGCCUCCAUAGUCAGCGUAACCGGACUCAACAACUGCUACCCCAACGACGUCAUCCUCUGCUUCAGCUCCCUCUACUGGUACUCCGGCUUCGCCUUCCUCCUCCUGGGAACCAUCUUCGGUGCGAAGCGGAUCAUCACCCGAGAACCGUACAGCCCCAACCUCGCUCUGGACUUCAUCAACCAAUACCGCGUCACCAUUACCUUCUUCUCACCGGCAACAACCUACCAACUUCUCAAGCACCCCCAACUCCAGCAAUCAACCCUCGCCAGCCUCCGGGUCAGCAUCUGCGGCGGUGCCUCCAUCUCCGGCGACCUGAAGCAACUCUUCGAGCGAACCGUCCCGCACGGCGAGAUGUGCGCCCUGUACGGACUGUCGGAAGCGGCCGGCGCCGUGACCAGCUCGGAAAACUCCACCUACAAGCAGGGCUCCAGCGGCUUCGUCAAGCCCAACUACGAGCUGAAGAUCGUGGACGACGCCGGACGCCCACUAGACAUCGACCAAGAGGGCGAGAUCCUGGUACGGGCAGGCCUCUGCACGUUCAUGGGCUACUACGGAAACAGCGAAGCCACGGCGGAAAUGCUCGACCCGGACGGAUGGCUCCACACCGGUGACAUCGGACGGGUCGACGAGGACGGCCUCCUCUACAUCGUAGAUCGCAAAAAGGACAUCAUCAAGUACAACGGAUACCAAAUCUCCCCGACCGAACUAGAAACAGUCAUCCAGUCCGUCCCGGGCGUCAUCAACGUGUGCGUUACGGGCGUUCCGGUGCCCGGGAAUGACCUGCCGGCGGCGUUGGUUGUGAAGCGGAACGACGACGAAGCGAACGCGGAGAUUGAGACGGUGAUCGUGGAAUCGAUAAGGACGCAGCUAGGGGAUUAUAAACAGCUGCGGGGUGGGGUUUACUUUGUCGCAGAGCUGCCGAUGACGCCCUCGGGGAAGAUACUGCGCCGGGGUUGUCGGGAUAUUUUGGUUGCGAUGUAUAAUAAGGAGAAAGUGAGGUGAAAUGUUGGGUUUGAAGAAAUAAGGCACUUUUUUGUUUUAAAUAUAUAAUAGAAGGUCUCGUGAAUAAAUAAAUCUUAGAAGUAUUCAAACAGUGAAAGAUAUUGACCAACAUCAGGCUGGUUUUUGUAGAUGUCGGUUAAUCAACCAAUAAAAUUGCGUGAUUUUUACUGGGGUAGGCAUCAGGUGAGAUUCUACAAUGCUCAAAUUAUACAAUUCAAAAAUUCGAAAA